AUGAAGUUCGGUGAGCAGCUCCGCUCGAGCAUCAUUCGCGAGUACCAGUGGUACUAUAUCGACUACGAUGGCCUCAAAAACGAGCUGAAGAUCGCCUCUGGGCCUCUCCUAUAUAUGGACCAAAGCUCCCACGUAGCUCCCUUGAGCGCGACGGACAAAAAGGGAAAGGCCAAGGCCAGAGGCCAGCGGAAGAACAAAUGGACAGAGGAGGAUGAGCAGCGUUUUAUUGCUAGACUCUAUGCCGAGCUUGAGAAAGUCUAUACCAAAACCAAGGUUAAGCAAUCAGAAAUACAACGUCGCAUAGCUGUCAGUGAGCGAGAAGUGAAGGAGGUCGUCGCCAAGGUCACGGAGAGGGGCUUGACGGAACAAGGCCCUUCCGAAGAAGAGUUCAUACUGCUCGAGGAAGACCUGAGCGACAUCAUUGCUGAUGUCCAUGACUUGGCCAAAUACGUCCAGCUGAAUUAUACGGGCUUUUAUAAGAUCAUCAAGAAGCACGACCCCUUCUAUAACGAAGACUUCGAUGCCGAGGUCGUAAAAUUAUCCAACAUGUAUAACAAUGUCCGAACGCGCGGGAACCCGGUCAAGGGCGAUAGCGCCGCCGGCGGUUCCCAAGGCAGCUUCGUCCGCCAGACCACCAAAUAUUGGGUGCACCCGGACAAUGUCACCGAAUUGAAGCUCAUCAUCUUGAAACAUCUCCCGGUGCUGGUCUUCAAUGCCGGCAAGGAAUUUGAGACGCAGGAUUCUGCUAUCUCAUCUAUCUACUUCGACAAUCCAGAGAAAUGGGACUUGUACGAAGGGCGACUGAAAAAGACCGAGGGUGCUGAAGCUAUUCGCCUGAGAUGGUACGGCGGCAUGCAAUCCGACACCAUCUUUGUUGAGCGCAAGACGCACCGCGAAGAUUGGACCGGGGAAAAGUCCGUGAAGGCUCGCUUCUCCACGAAAGAGAAGAAUGUCAAUGGAUAUCUGAGGGGUGACCUCCUCCCAACCGCCCUGUUCGAAAAAGCUCAUGAGACCCUAGCGAAAGAGAUACAGUACUCCGUCUUAAAGAACGGGUAUAGACCCGUUUGCAGAUCGUUCUACAACCGCACCGCAUUUCAGUUACCAGCCGAUGCACGCGUUCGAAUAUCGCUCGAUACCGAGCUGACGAUGAUUCGGGAAGACAACCUGGAUGGUUUUAAACGAUCCGGGAGCAAUUGGAGGCGAAUGGACAUCGGCAUCGAUUAUCCCUUCUCGCAAUUGUCCCCCGGGGACGUUGUGCGUUUCCCAUACGCCGUUCUAGAGGUCAAGCUCCAAACCCAACAUGGACAGGAGCCUCCGGAGUGGGUUCGUCAACUCAUCUCUAGCCACCUUGUAGAGGCCGUCCCGAAGUUCUCGAAAUUCAUCCACGGCACCGCCUGCCUUUUCCCCGAUAAGAUUAACCUGCUUCCGUACUGGAUGCCACAGAUGGAUAUGGACAUUCGCAAACCAGUAACUCACGACUUCGGUAUUCACCGCCCGACACACUCACACACCAGUGGCACGACCUCAGAUGACGAUGACGAUGACGACAUAGAUUCGGAUGCUGGGGAAAUUACCGAGCCCGCGUCUCGGGCCACCCACAUGCCGGAAACGACAGCCGGGACUUGCACAGUCCCCAACGAAGACUACUCCCUCUAUGAUUCCGAUAAUGAAGUGGAUGAGGAGGAUGCCCUCGAGGAGGCGAGGAGAAUUGGUGGAUGGGCGUACUAUUCGAGCAUUGCAAACAGGUACAUUGGAGCGGCUAGCCGCGGUGCUUGGGCCGCACUGGCGAGCGCUGCGCCGCGUCCUCGAGCUUCGAUCGUACCUCGUAGCAAUCGAACACAGAUGUUCUUCGGCGACGCAGAUAUCCAAACCAAGAGGUUCAAGGCGCCGAGAGGGAAAAGGAUAUACGUUCCAGUCAGGGUCGAGCCUAAGGUCUAUUUUGCAGCGGAGAGGACCUAUCUUGGUUGGGUACGUAACUUUCUCUAUCACGCUGCUCAAUUUGGCGCGAAACCUAAUACGCUCUCUUUCGUCGUCUCUGGUAUAUUUACUCUUCUAGCUAUCGUGUCGCUAUGCUACUCUGUCGGCAUCUACUUGUACCGGAGCAGGGGGAUCCGCGAGCGCAGGAUCAUUAAAUAUUAUGAUAGAUUAGGGCCGACCGUUCUAUGCUCUGCGCUUUUCCUAGGGGUAGUGCUCAACUUCGUAUUCCAGGGCCGGGAAAGGAGCCUCUCGUAA